CCACGACCAACAUGUCCACUCUUUCCUCGGUAGUGGCCGAGCUUGUUCGCGCCUCGAUGGGGAACUCCGUCCCGCAACAAGUCACAGACGAUGAUCUCGACCGCCACGUCGCCGAGCUCAUUCUCAAAGAGGCCAAGAAGAAGGCAGAGCGAUUCGGACAGGAUGGAAUCAAAGCGUACUUGCGUAGCGGGAUCUCGGAUAGCAGCGCUCCGCGCACGAACAAACGAUUCCUGACAUCCAUCAUACGAAGCACAGACGACCACAAUAGAACUAUUCUACAGGCACAAGCGCAAGCGGCGCAGGAACUGAAGCGCGAGAGAGACGAGCUCGAGAGGCGCGAGCGGCGGGCGCGAGCGGAAGAGGCGGUUGCAGCCGAGAAGAUGCGGCGGUCGCAUGGCAGUCGAAGCGGGGGCAGCCGGAGUCACCGAAAACGCGAGGAGAAGGAUGGGUGGGACCACUGGGAUGGCCGCACAGCUGAGCGGGCCAAGAGAAAACCACGAAACUGGGAAACAUGGGAUGGUGAGGACGAGGACGAGGACAAGAAACGUCGGGACGAGGGACAGGAACGGAAGGGGAUAGAGACCACCGGCCGAGUCGGCGGCGGUCAAGGUCGACAGAUCAUCGACACAGGGACGACGACAAACACACUGCAUCCAAGCACCGUCGCGACCGCUCUCAGUCUCGUGAUCGCGGCGAGGGCAGCAGUUCGCGUCGGCACCGGGACGAAAAGCGGUCUAGUCGCAAGUCCCGGCAUCGAUCGCGCAGCGGAAUCUGGAUGA